AUGGGGAGAAAGAAACGCAAGGCCACCCCAUUGCCACCCUCCAGUCCGGUACCUUCACCUCACCCUCGAUCUCACCCUAGCGCGAGAGAGCCUGACACCUCCACCUCCACCACGGUCCACGACCGAUCCAAGCGCUGUGAGAACGACAGCUUCUACACCUUUCAAAAGUCCCAGCUGGCGUGGGCCAGGUUCUGGGCGGAGAAAGCCGCGAAGCUUGCGUCCCCGUUCGCGACGCUGGACGAUGAGGACGACGCAGCACAUGUGAAGGUUGAUCAGAGCAAGAAGGUAUCUGGACAGAUGGUCCCGCGAUACGAUGGUAGCGAUUCGAACCCGCCUCUGUCGCGUGAGGCCGUCGCCGAUAUCGUCAUGCAGACGCGGGCCGAUUGUCCCAAAGCGCAGGCCUGGCUGAGCGCACAUGCAUGCGGAUAUGAGCAGGUUGGUCCGGGAAAACGAAAGCUUGGGAUCAUUGAACAGGAGCAUAGGAGGAAGGCGACUGUAGAGAGCCUGCGGUAUCGGACGAUGAUUGCAUUGAAAGCAUCGGAGGCGUCCAAGGACGAGGUGCGCGAAGUGAUGGCCAUGCUACCCCCGGUGCAGCUCAAGACGACCCCGGCGAUCACCACUGAGGCUGAGAUGGAAGCACAAGUUGAACGGGUUGAGAAGGCCCAUGAGAGGCUUCAGAAGACACUUGCGGUGUUGAAGGAUUUCAAGUGUGCUUGA